AUGGAACAAAUGAUAUACGGUAAGUGUAAGACCGCAAAUAGGUUCCAUUGUAGGCCAGGUCUGUUUUGCAAACACCUGUGAUAUUAUUCAGAGCAUUUUAGUUUAUAAAAAAAAAAUUCAAACAGCUAGAAAGGUGAUCUAUAAUUGACAGUUUAGACUUUUAAUAUUAUUUAAGCAAAUAUUUACUAACAAAGAAACAUUUUUAUUGAUCACAAAUCCAAAUGUGUAGUAGCAGGUGAACAGAAGCUGAACUUUACCAAAUAUUUAAUUUACUCUGAAUCCUCUCACUCAAAAUGGAAAAGUCUUAAAAAAUGUUUUUGCAAAAUUCUCUGGCAAAAAGUAUUGAUUGUGCAGAAUGGUUAAUGUGGAUCCACCAAUAACGCCUUGCAAUGCAUCCCAUCAACCUGUUAUAUCUAUAUGUAUAUUAUAGAAUAUCGUUUUGGAGAGACCAGGCCUAAAGCUAAUUUGUACUGUAAAAAAAAAAAAAAAGUGCAAGCCAUCAGACAAGAAAUUGCUAAUGUUUGAUGUUCCCCUUUCUGUCUGUCUUGUGCAUUAUUUCCUCUUGUAUUAUUCAAUACAUUGCAAAACUGCUUCCCCUUGCUGAAGAAAUGCUGUUGGUCUUCAUCUUAACGUGAUGUUGGACCGUCUCUUAAGAACCAUGGUACUAUGAUUACUAUUACUGAGCUGCACUUUUCCACUGUUGUAAGAUUAAAUUAGGUUGUUUAAAAAAAUAAAAUAAAAAUUACUAAAAAAAACCCCCAAGCCAGCCUUAUUAAAAGGAGGACAUUGCAGGGACUAGCGUAGAACACAUCAAAUGCUAAAUCCAUUUUUUUUUAAAGUUCCUCUUUUACACUUCAAAAGUUAAAAAGAGGUGGAGUGUACUCUUUAAACACGAUGGCAUAAACAAUGAAGUAUUCUUGGAUAUCAGCCUCUCUGGAAUCUACACAGCUUGAUAAAUAGUUAAAUAAGAAGCCUUUAUCAAACACCAAAAUUUGUAAAUGUGCAUAUAACCAACGAUGGCCUUAAGCAUGUACCCUAGUGGUAAUCAUGUAUCUUACCCUGAAAGGGUUAAACACGUAGUCUGUUUCAUCUGUAUGCCAUAGUAAAUGUGUAUUUACAACUAUUUUACAAUAAUCGUACGUAUUUACAGCCGGAUUCAUUUUUUUUACAAGAAAAUGCAAGAAUAGUUUUAGCUUUAAAAAAAUGCUAUUAAAUAUGGCCUCCAUUUCCUGUGGUGUAUGUGAUGGCUUCUAGAAAGAAAGAGGGGAGGGGGGGGAAAAGCAGAAGUGAAACACAGUUUGACUUAAGGCGUAGAACUGACAACGGAUGCUGACUGAGUGUUCCAUUCUAGGAGGAUGCGGGUAACUGGCGUAAGACGUAAUGGUUUGUGCAAGAAAUGGCGCAGCGAAUACAGCUGCUCAGGAAGUGUAAAGCCAUUGAGUUUGCCAUCUGGAUAUGUAGAAGCUAUUUUGGCCUACGUUGUAGCCGUUUGAAAAUUAACUAACCGGGCCUUAUUUUACAUAACUUUUUACAGGAGCAUUAAACAUGUCUUUAAAAUAUAUAUUUUUUUACUUAUGUAGAAACAACUAACAGCAGUGGAGAUAUAUAGUGAAAUGUUUAAUCUUACUAAUUCUCAGCUGGGACAUGAAUUAGCCUAAUAUACCUGAAUUGGAGAAAUGUUCCAGCCUGGGAGUUCUUCACUCAGCUAGUUUGGCCUAAGUUUUGUCAUUUCUCUACAGUUCCAGGUUUAUAGAGGGUUAUUCAGUAAAGUGAUAAUUGCUGAGAAUGCUGUGUAAAUUCAAAUGGAAUUUUAAACAAAGUCGAAAUAGCCAAACUGAAAACAUAAUUCACUAGGCCAAUUCUAAUUUGGCCUACAUUUUGAAAUUUACACUGAAUUCCCAGAAAUUCUCACAUUAGUAAAAAACUAAUUAUUGGAUAAUUUACAUUAUAAACACAAAUUAUGCAACGUUAUAUAUAUGGCUAUUCAAUAAAGUAAGAAUUCAAAGUGAAUUUCAAAUUUAAGGCCAGAGUAGUGGAUUAAAAAACAUAGAUGACAUUUUUCUCAGUUUGGCUAUUUUGGCCUUACUUGAAUUUGCACUUUAUUGAAUAACCCUGUUAAACAAAUUGCUGGAAUUUAUAUUCCAGAAAACAUAACAAUGAAUUGUAUUGCAAUGGUAAUUAUACAUAUCUUAGCUUUUUUGGAAGGUCAUUUUCAGAGACACACAAUAUCCAUGCAGAAAUUAUGAAGAAUUAGUAAAGGCAUUGCAAAUUUUAGGCCAAAAGAUAAAUAAAUUCGAAAAUUACCUGUGCUACUUCAGGUUAUCUGGCCUAAAAAUCACAAUAGCAUUAUCAAUCAUCCACAAUGCACUGAAUUCACCCCACACCUGUUAAAAGAGAGAGAUUUACAGCAUGCACUGGUGGACUACAAAUAAUUUACGAUUACAAAGGGUAAAUAUACAUUACAUAUUAAGAAUAAAAUCAGGAAUAUGAUAGUGAAAUGCAAACAACUAUUUUACAUGAUAAAAUAUGAUUCUCUAGCGGUGCGGUGUUUAAUUAUUGAUAACUCAGCAGCUGACAUUUCAGAGAAAUUAUAAAGGGGCUCGCCUAGGGGUUACUGCCUUAGUGCAGUGAUGGCCAUAAUUGGAAAGGGAGAUGUGUAUGGAAUAGAUCUACCAUGAUGCUCAGUCCAUCUAGCUGCAAUGUAACCCAUUUUAUUUGUAUUUUAUUUUUUACUAUGUUUAAGUGGGCUGGGAAAUUUCUAAGUUCCAUAAGCUGUCAGAAGCAAUCAAUCAAUAAUUAAUCAUGACUGAUAUCCCUUAGGAUUUGAACCCUAUGCUCCUAUAUGAAGGAGCAAACCUCUGCUAUCUGAUGUAUUAUUAUUCAUUCCAUUGAUUUAUUCUAGAACGUCAAUGGGAGCACGUCAUUUCAGAAGAAGCGUUGGGUUCAGGCAGGUGAGUGGUUAACUAAACUGCAUUUUCAAAAGAAAAAAAAAUCUCUAUAAAACGAGCUAUAGCAGCAGAAAUGACAGAUAAAAAGAUUAACAAUUACAAUGCUGCUAAAAAAAAGUCUGUGUGUGUGUUAAAGUUACACUAUAACUGGUAAUGUUAAACAGGUGUGCAUUUUUUCCCAAUGCAGUCUUAUGAUGUCUGCGUUAGGUUUAACCCAUAACUCUUCCUGAUAAAUUAAAUCUGGGGCACAAGCGGGUUUUUUCAAAAUCUACAGAUAUAAUUUUAACAUGUUUAAGUCACCUGUGUUCCCAUGAGACUUAUUCCUGAAUAUGUGUAACCGCUUCUAUGCUGCAUUUCUUCAAUAAGCAAUCAACGGCCUCAAAAUGACCCUCUGAUUUAUUGGCUUUUAUAGAUAAUGCAUUAAUUUCUGCAAUAAACUCAAAAAUAAUGAUACUUAUCAAUAUAUCCUUCAGCAGUCCAGGUUAGUGGGUUUGCCUGCAGCUGCAGAUAGACCCCCGCUCUCUGUCAAGUGUUGGUUUACACAUUUUAGAUUAUUCCCUAAAGUGGGAAUUGUCAGAAAAUCAAAGUGUCAAUUUUAACACCAAAAUAGCCAAACAAGGGGGGGAAUCAAGCAUUGCUUCCAUUUUGUUUAUUUUGUCCUUAAAUUCAUAAUUCAUUUUGAAAUCCUGACAAUUCUUACUUUAGUAAACAAACCUGAUUGAACAGAGGCUUCCUAUGAAAUAACAGAGUAAAACUAUGCUAUUUUGAUCAGAUGGUGUCAUAGAGACUAUCUGAUUGGCACAGUGCAGUGCACACAAGCCUCGGAUUGGCUGAUAUCUAUCUUGAUGAUUUCAGCCAAGGAGGCAGGGCCAGCCAGGAACUGAACAGCACAAAAGUUUCAGAAAAGGAGGGAUGGGGACUUUUAACAAGGUUCUAUACCAUUAGGAAUAAAAAUGUGUAUUUCUAACAUUACAAUGUUCCUCCUAUAAGAGCAAAUGUGCUACAACUAAUAUCUCAAAAUUACGUGUUACUUCUGGGGAAGGGUUUUAGUUAAGAAUGUAGUUCCUGGUAGAAUUAUGAGUUAUUCUGGAAUUGAUCAGCAAUUUCAUAUUUGUCUAAAAUAGCUGAACUGAUAAAUUCUCUAGUAUUCAAAUGUAUUGUAUUUUUUCCCCUACAAGGCUAUACUAAUUAAAAAUAGGAAUCCAUUGGUUUAGUAAAUCAAGCAGUAUAAUUGUGUGUCUGUGCACCAUAACCUUGUUGUAAAGCUGAAAUGUAAAUGUGAGAACAAGGAGCAUGCCUAUAUUUCUGCUUUUUGCACUCAUAUUAGUUUAUCCAGUUCAGGUCCUGAAUUCUACCACUUGGUUCCUCAGAAACUGUAAUUUAAGAGAGAGAUAGUGUGUGUGUAUAUAUGUAACUCAGAAUGCAUGUAACUUAGGGGGGAAGGGUGGGGUUGUUUUUUUAUAAUUCUAGCAAUACCCCAAAAAAACCUGCAUGCCCUGAGUUAUGCAUAUUUUAAUAACAUCCCUAGCUAAAGCAUGACAUGGUCAGCUUAACAGUAUUCAUAUUCUUAUCCAAGUUUGCUUUGGCAAAAAAAAAAAAAAAGCCCUUUCCUGUGCGUACUAAGGUUUUGAUUAAGUGUUCAUUGCAUCUUGAUUUUUCUUUAGAGCUUUGCACUUUUACUUAUUCAUACAUUUUAAACCAGAAUUGUAAUUCUUUGUAUUUCCCCCCCCCCCAGUUUAGAGGAGGUAAAGUUGAGAGGACUUCUCAAUGCAAGAGGAAGUAAGUAAAGACCUCUACUUCCUGUUGGUAAGUGCUGAAACUUCUUGUAGCAGUUAGGUUGCCUAAAACCACUUCUGCUUAGCAUACAGGCCAUUUAUACGCCUUCCGGAUUGUGAUCUGAAAGGUUUUCCCCAAUGCACACAAGGUUUUUACUCUGGAUCAGCUAAGAAAGACAUUUGAAAUUGUGGUUUCCCUUUAACUCCAGGUAAUGAUAUUAUUAAACCCCUUUCUUCUAAAUGGAUAGACAGUUACUUUUCAUCCAGAACCAGUUUAAAACAAAAACAAAAAAACUAUUUGAACCAAGAAACAUGCAUUCAGCUGUGAAUCCUUGAUGGCAAUUUUACAAAUACAUUAUUGUAGUACUAAUCUCCUGUCUCCUAUUAAACUGGGAGAUUUGUAAUAAAUUAAUUUAUAAUAAAAUUAUUACCUAUUUGGUUCCAUUACAAAUUGAACUGACUGAUGCCAUUCUUAUUAACAUUUUGGUUUGACGUACAAGACAUUUGGCUAUGAUACUGUUGAAGAAUGAGACUUGAGAAGACGUCAAGGAAAGCCCAAUCCUGGAGAAGACAAAGACCUACAGUGCAGCCACCCAUAAAGUAGAAAGCACUACUAGACAGGUCUGAACGCUGUAGUGUUUCCUACUUUAUGGAUGAGUGUACUGGACGCUACAGGACAACAUCUGGACAAGGCAAAAUCUUCAUCAUGAGUGUGUUAUGGGGAGUUAUAAAAUUCGUUUUUUAGUACUAUUUUUUUAUCAUUAUAUUAUAGUUAUUUAUUUAUUUUACUCAUGCUUGCUGUUCUAGAAUCGUUAACCUAUUUCAAAUAUCCAUCUGAAUGUGUCGUGUUAAACAACCUGGGCUACUCCAAUUAUUUGCUUACAUCUGUUCCCAAUCUAUGCAAGCCACUGGCUGAGGAUUGUAGUAGUUUUAGUCCAACACUAAAUGAAUUAAUGCAGGCUUCUCAUGGCCCUAAAGUCUUGUAG